UGCUAGUUAACUAACCUAGGUAGUCGACAAACUUAACUUAUGCAAGCACCUCCUAACUCCGCCACUCAAUUCACAUAAAUUGACAAUAAAUUUGAACAUACCGGACCAAGAUAAUACUUGUGUAUACCUAUCAAGACAGUACCUAAGCAUUAUAGGAGAUGCACUUGCACAUGCAGCUGUCGUAGCUCUUGUUCUUUAUUAUCCCGAAAUUCAGCCAUCUAUCGAUAAGCGUUAGGAUUUAAUAAGAUUCUUUUAAAAUGCCAUCGGUGUGCCCUCCAUCUAUGUAUCUACACACCAGCAUGCAGAAGCUCUCAAGAGGCAUAGACGGCGGCAUACCUCCAAGUUACAUCACUAUGGCUACGGCAUACCUCUGGUAAAACGGAAAUGAUCCCCAUGUUACACAAAAAGCUAUCGAAGACGAAUAAGGAGUCUAUGACUCUAUCCCGCCCCCCUCAAACCGGCAACCCGGAUUCAUAAAGCUGACGGCGGGCAUCAUAAAAGAGGGGUAUUUCUCGAGAAAGUCAGCUUGAUCAGGGACUUAUUUACUAGAGUAUAAUCUAUCGUUUAGCAUGAGAAUCUAUUACUGCUACGCUCAAAUUUUAUACCAUGGCCCUCCGGGAUAUUUUGCUCUCCACUCUACCGUUCCGUGAAAGCGGAUUCGGGAUUAUGGCAGCCUACUAUAUGCUCGUUCUUGUUUUUGGUUGGAUAGCUUACCAGCUCGCUUGUGCUUUGUGGAAUAUCUCCCCUUUCCACCCUCUCAGCCGCAUUCCUGGCCCGAGACUAGCAGCCGCAACAUAUCUUCCUGAAUUCUACCACGAUGUAGUAAAGUUCGGGCGAUAUACACAUGAAAUAAAGAGGAUGCACGAAAUAUAUGGCCCCCUAGUUCGUAUUAACCCCGACGAGGUUCACUGUAACGACUUCCGGUUUAUAGACGAGAUCUAUGCAGCAGGUAGUAGGAAGCGUGACAGGUCGUCACACCAGAUAAACGGCUCAGCUAUGGGUACCUCUACUUUUGGAACCAUCAACCACGAUGUGCACCGCAUACGCCGUACCCCAGCAGCAAAAUUCUUCUCCAGGGCUCAGAUCACGCAGCUCGAGCCGCUGAUCCAGCGUCUGGCCCAGCGUCUCUGCGAUAAGAUGCUGGCACAGGCAGGUCCCUUCAACCUUGCGAUGGCUUAUAGCUGCUUCACCGCGGAUGUAAUCUCAGACUACAGUUUUGGCGAAAGCCUGGAGUAUCUCGACCAAGAAUCAUGGGAACCCAAUUACCUCCGGUCGCAGAUCUCGAUCCUAAACACGGUUCACCUCUUCCGCUUCUUCCCCUUCCUGAACCACAUCGCAGAAGCAAGUCCAUGGUUCUCGAAUUACCUACCUCAAGACACUGCGUUGAUGAUCCGGACGCUAAAUACCAUCUUACCCAAUAUGGUUAAGAAAGCCAAGCUCAGCAUGGAAGCGGGCAUCAAGCGUGAGCGCCCGACCGUCUUUGCCGAAUUACUCAAGUCAGACCUACCGGAGCAAGAAAAGACCAUAACCCGGCUCGUAAAUGAGGCCGCUGCCAUGAUGGGUGGCGGCACCGGGACCGCAAGCUGGACCCUUAGCGUCAUCACAUACCACCUCCUAACGAAAUCGAAGCUCUUGAACAAGUUAACCGACGAGCUACGCGGGGCCGUAUCCGAUCCGCAGAAUCUGCCCCCUUGGACGACGCUGGAGAAACUGCCGUACCUCGGCGCGGUGAUCCAGGAGGGCUUGCGACUGUCGUACGGCGCGUCCGCCCGCACCGCCCGCGUGGCAACAGAGGAGGACCUAGUGUACCGCGGGGAAUGGAAACUAGAGGGCAGCAAGAAGAGCGUACCGCUUGCGUAUAUCAUCCCCUGGGGCUACGCCAUCGGCAUGUCAACAACCUUAUUACACCACGACGAGACCCUCUUCCCGAACUCAUACGAAUUCGCACCCGAGCGGUGGCUUGAUGACAAUCUGGAAAAGAGGAGGGAGAUUGAGCAGCAUAACUUCUCUUUCGGGAAGGGCAGCAGGAUGUGUCUUGGUAUGAAUCUUGCGCUCUGCGAGCUGCACCUCGGUCUUGCUGCGCUGGUGUUGCGCGUGUUUCCGCACAUGCGCCUGUUCGAAACUACCGAGGAGGAUAUUCGGUAUGAUUAUGAUAUAGUUAUACCUAUGACUAGGGCCGAGAGCAAGGGCGUAAGGGCAGUCAUUGUGUAGCUAGUUCUUAAGCUAUAGUUACUAUAUAGCGGCCACAUGAAGAUUGGUAAUGGUUUCUGGGCGGAUUUAAACGCGACUUAUGUUUCUCUCCUAGUGCUUCGCGCGAAGAGGCAAAUUGUAAAACCGGUAGGUGAUUUGGGCGAUACUGGCAAAAUAAACUUGAGGAGUAAUGAAAGGGAAAUCGAGGAAGUUUCGGUUCCUUACGAUACGCUCCUUUCUUACGUCAAGUAAUUUAUAAGGUCUAAUAACCGCAACGAUAUCUGUUUUACUGGCUAAUUCAACUGAUGACGACUUGAAGUCUACCUCAUCGUAU